GAAUCGGAUGAUAAUAAUAGCCAUGAAAAUCUCCACGAGGCAGAGCUCAUGAUUGGACUUUGUAGACAUUUAAUGCUGCAGGGAUAUGAUCCAGCAGAUGUCACUAUUCUUACUCCAUACUCGGGGCAGUUCUUUUUGUUAAGAAAACUUCAGCGUGAACAUCCAGUAUGUAGUGGUGUAAGGAUCUGUGUAGUAGACAACUUUCAAGGAGAAGAGAACAAAAUCAUUCUACUCUCCCUUGUCCGUAGCAAUGAAGAAGGAAAAGUGGGUUUCCUCAGCACUGAUAACCGAGUGUGUGUUGCCCUUUCCCGAGCUAAACAUGGGCUUUACAUAACUGGGAACAUCAAUCUCCUUUGUGAGUCAAGUACACUUUGGCAGAAAAUCCACAAUGAUCUCCUCAGUGGAGAGAAUAUAGAUAAUGCUCUACCACUGAAAUGUGAAAAUCACCCAGAUGAAGAACAGAAAGUGUCAAGUGGUCCAGAAUUCUUCACAAAGAGCCCAGAAGGAGGUUGUAUGCGACCCUGUAACAGACCUCUUAGUUGUGGUCAUAACUGUCCAAAGCUCUGUCACUUACAAGACAUAGACCAUGAGAAUUACAACUGCAGAGUACCUUGUCCCAAACUGUUAUGUGAACUGGAGCAUCCUUGUCCAAAAAAAUGCUUUGAAAAAUGUGGUCCAUGCAAAGUUAUGGUCCCUAAGACCCUUCCAUGCACCCACAGUCAUACUAUCCAAUGCCAUAUUGCACCUGAAAAUUAUGAUUGUCCAACUCCUGUUGAGAGAAUCAUCCCUGCUUGUCAGCAUAAAGUCACAAUGCCUUGUUCUGCAAAACCUGCAGACUUCAUUUGUCCUGAGGACUGUGAUAUUCGGGUUGAUUGUGGUCAUAUGUGUAGGCAGAAAUGCCAUGUGAAGAGGGACCCUGAACAUAAAAAAUACAACUGUUUCCAGAAAUGCACAAGAUUAAAUGCUGGUUGUACUGAAAAUCACCCUUGUGUAAGGCAGUGCUAUGAGGAAUGCGGUGCAUGUGUAACAGAAAUUACUAAAGUCCUUCCUUGUGGUCAUACUGCAAAAAAUGUGCCAUGCCAUAUUCCUGCAGAAGAAUAUCAGUGCCAGCAAAAAUGCAAGAGGACUCUAAGCUGUGGCCAUGCAUGUAAGAAAAUGUGCAAUAAACCAUGUGGAAACUGUCAAGUGAAGGUGAAAAAAACUGUUCCAGAAUGUGGUCAUACUAUUACGAUUGAGUGUGGAGAGGAUGCAACAACUGAAAAAUGCGAUGGUCCUUGUACAAAAACUCUUCAGUGUGGUCAUCCCUGCCUGGAACGUUGUAACGAAACUUGCACUCAGAUGUGUAUGGAGCAGACUGUGUCAUCUUCGAAGUGCCCCAAGAAUCAUGAUAUCAGGAUCCCUUGUUGCCAGAAUGAUAAAA